GAUGCUGCACUUGAAACCCUGUAAAUUCCAAUUGCGACCCAACUAGUAGUUGCCAAAAAAUAAAAACCCAUAAUCCAGUUCUUUCUUCCCCCCCCAAUUUGGUGUGGAUUGACAAUCUUGAAUCUUCUAGAUCUUUUACCCAUUUCGGAAAUUUUUCCUUUUUUUUUUCUUUUUUUUUUAAUAAAGAAAAAAAGCAUGCACCAAAAUCUGAGUCAAGCUGCAAACGAGGAUGAGGUGGUGGUGGUGGUGGUGGUGAUCGUGCCAUUCCCUGCACAAGGUCAUCUCAACCAGCUCCUCCAUCUUUCCCCCCUUAUCCUCUCCUACGACGUCGUUUCCUCCGUUCAGUACGUCUCUUCCGCAACCCACGUCCGCCAUGUGCAUGGUUGGGACCAACUUUCCGCCGCCGCCAAUAUCCACUUCCACCAACUCACUCUCCCUCCUUUGAUCUACCCUCCUCCUAACCCCAACGCCGUAAACAAAUUUCCAUCUCAUUUACAGCCUCUUUUUAACGUCUCCUCCGAUUGUCUCCGCCGGCCGGUGACGGAGCUUCUCCGUUUACUUGCUUCUAAAGCCAGAAAAGUUAUCGUCCUCUACGACUCCAUGAUGGGUUCUGUGAUUCAAGACGUUGCUUUCAUCCCCAACGCAGAGUCUUAUACUUUCAGUGUAUCAGCUUUUGCUUAUUUUCUUUUCGUUUGGGAAUCAAUUGAGAAACAUCCAAACUGGCCAGAUGCGAUAAUCCCCGCACACAUCCCCUCUCUAGACGGUUGCUUCACGCCUCAGUUCUUGGAUUACUCUGCUUUUCAGUAUCAGUACCAGAAUUUCAGCCAUGGACGUCUCAACAACACUUGCAAAGUCAUCGAAGCUCCUUACUUGGAUUUGCUUCACCGAGAAACUACAUGGGCAAGAAGCUCCAUGUUUUGGGCUGUCGGCCCACUGAACCCUGUUGUUGCCAUAUCCACAUCCCACCCACGGCAUUUCGCGUCAGAAUGGCUCGAUAAACAAGUGCCAAACUCUGUAGUUUACGUCUCUUUUGGUACAACAACCGCCAUGAACGACGAGCAAAUCAAGGAACUCGCACAAGGGCUCAAACAAAGCGGCCAAAAGUUUAUCUGUGUCUUAAGAGAUGCUGACAAAGGAGACAUUUUCGACGAAGAAGGGAUCAGAAGAGUGGAGUUGCCAGAAGGGUAUGAAGAAUCGGUAAAACAGUGGGGUCUGGAGUUGAGAGAAUGGGCGCCGCAGUUGGAAAUCUUGGGGCAUAAAGCAAUCGGGGGAUUUGUUAGUCACUGCGGGUGGAAUUCUUGCAUGCAGAGCACAACAAUGGGGGUGCCAAUGGGAGCAUGGCCGAUGCACUCGGAUCAGCCUAGAAAUACAAUGUUGAUAACAGAAGUGCUGAAGGUGGGGAUCGUCGUUAAGGAAUGGGAAAGGAGAGAGGAGACGGUGAAGACAUCGGUUGUUGUGGAGGGUUUGAGAAGGUUGAUGGGAUCCAAGGAAGGUGAUGCUGCGAGGAAGAGAGCAGGUGAAGUGGGUGCCGCAGUCCGGCGAGCCGCGGGUGAAGGUGGAGUUUCACGUAUGGAGUUGGAUUCUUUCAUUGCUCAUAUCACACGUUAGUAAUAAACCAGUAAU